GCGCCGCUCGGGGACGGUCGGGAAAGAUCGGAGAGAAUCGGAACCGCUCGGAACCGCUCGGGGACCAUCGGAACCGCUCGGGGACCGUCGGAACCGCUCGGGCCGGGCCGGGCCCGUUCGGGUCGGUUCGGCUGCGCUCGGGAAGGUUCGGGAAGGAUCGGGGCGGUUCGGCCGCUCUCGGCCCGGUUCGGCCCGGCCCGCUCGGCUCCGCCCGGAUCGGUUCGGCCCCGCUCGGCUCGGUUCGGCCCCGCUCGGCUCGGUUCGGCUCCGCUCGGGUUCGCUCGGCUCGGUUCGGUUCGGCCUCCUUGGGCCCCGCCCGGCCCCGCUCGGCUCGGACCGGCCCGGCUCGGACCAGCCCGGCCCGGCCCCGCUCUAGGCCCGGCCCGGCCCCGGUGGUAACGCCCGGGGGGUGGGGGGUGGGGGGGGCUGAGCAUCCUCCGCCGGCCCCGGGACUGGGGGAGGGGAACCGGGGAGGGACGAGGCGGGGGAACCGGGCGGGCCGUGACAGCGGGGACAUGUCGUGACAGCGGGGACAUGUCGUGACAGCGGGGACAGGGCCACCCCGCACUGUGACCCGCGUGGGAAGUGACCCCGCGGCACCUGUGACACCAGGGGACCGACCCCUCCCCCCCACUGUGACACUGAGGGACCACCGGGGACAGAGACACUGCACGGUGUGACACCGAGGGACAGAGACACUGCACGGUGUGACACCAAGGGACAGAGACACUGCACGGUGUGACACCGGGGGACAGAGACACUGCAUGUCGUGACACCGGGGACAGAGACACUGCACGGUGUGACACCGAGGGACAGAGACACUGCACGGUGUGACACCGACAGACAGAGACACUGCACGGUGUGACACCGGGGGGACAGAGACACUGCACGGUGUGACACCGGGGGGACAGAGACACUGCACGGUGUGACACCGACGGACAGAGACACUGCACGGUGUGACACCGGGGGACAGAGACACUGCACGGUGUGACACCGAGGGGACAGAGACACUGCACGGUGUGACACCGAGGGGACAGAGACACUGCACGGUGUGACACCGGGGGGACAGAGACACUGCACGGUGUGACACCGGGGGGACAGAGACACUGCACGGUGUGACACCGACGGACAGAGACACUGCACGGUGUGACACCGGGGGACAGAGACACUGCACGGUGUGACACCGAGGGGACAGAGACACUGCACGGUGUGACACCGGGGACAGAGACACUGCACGGUGUGACACCGGGGACAGAGACACCGCAUGUCGUGACACCGAGGGACCACAGCCACCCCACAGUGUGACACCAGGGGACCUCAGCCUCUCCAUGCCGUGACACCAGGGGACAAAGCCACCCCCUCAGUGACACUGAGGAACCACAGCCACCCAGCACCGUGACACUGAGUGACAGAGCCACCCCAGACUGUGACACCAAGGGGCAGAGCCACCCAGCGCGGUGACACCACGUGAGCCCUGAGCCCGGCUGGGCUGUGACAGCGGGUGACUGAAGCCACCCCGGAGCACAGAGUGUGACACUGGUGACAGCCACCACACCCUGCACCACUGGGGGACCAGUGACUGGUCAGUGACAGUCACCCCGGGCUGUGACAGCAGGUGACUGAAGCCACCCUGGAUGGUGACACUGGCUGAGCCCCAAGCCUGCUGUGACACUGGGUGACUGAAGCCACCCUGGACCGUGACUCUGGGUGACCCAACCACCCCACUCUGCAGCACCAGGUGACCCCCCCUGGCUGGUGACACUGGGUGAGCCCCGGCCCCAGCACGUGCUGUGACACCGUGUGACCGAGCCACCCUGGACCGUGACACCGGGUGACCAACUCACCCCACCCGGGGACACGGGGUGACCAACCCACCCCGGACUGUGACUCUGGGUGACUGACCCACCCCUCCUGGGGACACGGGGUGACCAACCAACCCCACCUGGGACGGGACUGAACCCGCCCCGUCCCCCACCCCGGGUGUCCUCCCGGCUGCCCCGUGCCCUCACACAGCCAUGGGCACGCCCGGGGGUGCCCCGUCCCCGCCGUCCCCGCCGUCCCCACUGUCCCUGCUGCUGGCCCUGGCCCUGCUGUGCCCGGGGGGCUCGGCGGGCGGGUCCUGCCCCGCUCACUGCAUCUGCGCCUCCAACCUGCUGAGCUGCUCGCAGGCCAACCUGAGCCUGGUGCCGUCGCCGCUGCCGCGCUUCGCCUCCGUGCUGGACCUGAGCCACAACAACGUGUCGCGGCUGCGCGGGGACUGGAGCCCGGCGCGGCUCCCGCACCUGCACACGCUGCUGCUGAGCCACAACGGGCUGGCCUUCGUGUCCACCGAGGCCUUCGCGGCCGUGCCCCGCCUGCGCCACCUCGACCUGUCCAACAACCGCCUGCGCGCGCUCGACGAGAACCUGUUCAGCGACCUGGGCGAGCUGGAGGUGCUGCUGCUCUACAACAACGAGAUCUCCAGCGUGGACCGCACGGCCUUCGAGAACCUGGGCCGGCUGCGCAAGCUCUACCUGGGCCGCAACCGCAUCGCCCGCUUCCCGCUGGAGCUGCUGCGCGAGGGCUCGCGGCUGCCGCGCCUGGCGCUGCUCGACCUGUCGGCCAACCGGCUGCGCGCCGUGCCCGCCGGGGAGCUGCAGGCGCUGCCCGCCUGGCUGCGCGACCGCCUCUACCUGCACGACAACCCGCUGGGCUGCGACUGCGCCCUGUUCCAGCUGCUCGCCCGCGGCCGCCGCCGCCGCCUCAGCGCCGUGCUGGACUUCCAGGAGGAGCUGACGUGCCACCUGCCCGGCUCCCCGCACGCCUCCGUGGCCAUCCUGGAGCUGGCGGGGCGGCAGCCCCUCAACUGCAGCGAGGCGCGCGAGGCCGUGCUGGAGGCUCACCUCGGCGACAGCGUCACCCUGGGCUGCGACAGCCGCUGGCAGGACGGCAGCCGCCACUGGGUGACGCCGGCGGGGGACAGGGUGAUGCCGGGGGACGGCGGCGGCAACGGCACGGCGGCCCUGCUGGCCAACGGCAGCCUGGAGCUGCGGGCGCUGCGGGCCGAGGACGCGGGCACCUACGCGUGCUGGGUGGCGGGGCCGCUGCUCAACGAGACCCUCUACGUGGAGCUGCUGGUGCACAACUUCACCCUGCACGGCCCCCACGACACCCUGAACACGGCCUACACCACGCUGGUGGGCUGCAUCCUGAGCGUGGUGCUGGUGCUCAUCUACCUGUACCUGACCCCCUGCCGCUGCUGCUGCUGCCGCGCCGCCGAGAAGGCGCCGGCGCCGCGCGACGACAGCAUCAACUCCUCGGUGCUCAGCACCACCCCCAACCACGACGGGGGGCACGGCGAGCCCCGGCCUGCCCCGGGGGGCGGCCCCGGGCAGAACGGCAGGUUCAAGGGAGGGGGGGGGACCCCCCCGCCGGCCGCCCCCCGGGGCCCCAAGGGGCAGAGGAAGGUGUCUGACCCCGACUCGGUGAGUUCGGUGUUCUCCGACACCCCCAUCGUGGUGUGAGCGGCGCCGGGGACGGGCCCCGGGAUGUCCCGUGAGCUGUCCCCGGGAAGGAGGGGUGGCCGAACCCCACUGCCGCAUCCCCGGCUUGGGGGUCACCCCGUUGCCCCCCAGGACUGAGCGUUGCCGCCGCCCCCCCUCUGCCGAGGUCACUGUCACUGCGGGACCACGAGGGACGAGCGCGUGAAUGGGGCGGUCCCCAGGCAGGAGGGGGGGCCGGAUCCGCACCACCGUGUCCUCAGCUUGGGGGUGACCCCACUGCCCCCCAGGACCUGCCGAGGGCACUGCGAGGGACGAGGCUGUGCGAGGACACCGGCAGGACACCAUGGGGACAGUCCCAGGAACACCCCAUGUCCCCACUGCUGCCGUGACAGUCCCCAGGCAGGAGGGGUGGCCGGACCCCCAGCACCGUUUCCCCAGCUUUGGGGGUCAUGGCAUCGCCCCCCAGGACCGAGAUCACCCCGGGAAACCCCCCGAGGUCACCGUGGGACCGUGAGGGACAAGGAUGUGAGGGGACACGGUGGGGACAGUCCCAGGCACCCCGUGUGUCCUCACUGCUGCUGGGACCUGUCCCUGGCAGAGGGGUGACCGGACCCCCAGCACUGUGUCCCCAGCUUGGGGGGGUCACCCCAUCGCCCCCCAGGACCGCCCCCACUCACUGUGGGACCGCGAGGGACAAGGGUGUGGGGGACACCAGAAGGACCCCCCAGGGACACCCCCUGUCCCCCCCACUGCUGUGACAGUCCCCAGAACGGAGGUGUGGCCAGACCCCCCCACACUGUGUCCCCAGCUUGGGGGUCACCCCAUCGCCUCCCCAGGACCCCCCCAGGGCACUGUGGGGACAGUGUGGGUACCGCAGAGCAGGGGGGGCCCCACUGGUGACAGUGACAGCACCGUGACCCCCCCAGCACCCCCCAGGAGCAGCAGCCUCCCUGUGCAAGGGCAGUGCCCCCCCGCAGCCCCAGCCCCCCCAGUCUUCACUGCCCCCCACCCGCGGCAUGUGAGCCCCCAGCAUGACCCCCCCGGGGAGCACGAGCCCCCCUGGGAAGGGGGCACCAGGGGUGUGCCCCCCCCCGAACCCCCCCAACACCCUCCUGAGCCCCCCUGCAGCCCCCCCCGCGAGGAGAGCACCCCCCGCACGCAGGGGGGGACCCCGGGGGUCCCAGCCCUCCAAAGGGUGCCCUGUGUGCCCCCCUCGCCCCCCCGGCCGUACCCCCCCCCGCGCUGAUGCCUUGGCCAAAAUAAACCUGUUCCCCCCCCCGU